AUACUCCGGGACUGAGGGGGAGUAAUAUUUAUUCAAAAAAAAUCAGUCAACAAAGCCGAAGGACGAAGCCCAGCGACUCAGCCAGUGAAGCCCAGCGAAAACAGUGCUAUGGCAGACGAAGCCAAGGCCAAAGGCAACGCCGCUUACGCCGCCGGUAACUUUUCCGAGGCUAUCAAACACUUCACUGAGGCGAUUAACUUCGCGCCGACCAACCACGUCCUGUACUCUAACCGGUCCGCCGCCUACGCUUCUCUGAAUAAGUUCUCCGACGCCCUCGUCGACGCUCAGAAGUCCGUCGAACUCAAGCCGGACUGGCCCAAGGGGUACUCCCGGCUCGGUGCCGCUCAUCUUGGCCUUCACCAGCGCGAUGAGGCCGUUUCUGCUUACAAGAAGGGUUUAGAAAUCGACCCGAAUAACGAGGCAUUGAAAUCCGGACUUUCUGAUGCUCAAUCCGCUCAGCCUCGAUCUAGGGAUUCGUCUACCGGUCCAUUUGGAGAUGCCUUUUCCGGCCCGGAGAUGUGGGCUCGGCUUACCAGCGACCCCAGUACUCGAGGCUACUUGCAGCAGCCAGAUUUCGUGAGUAUGAUGCAGGAUCUUCAGAAAGACCCUAACAAUUUGAACCUAUAUUUGAAAGACCCGAGAGUAAUGCAGGCUCUUGGGGUGUUGUUGGGCAUAAAAAUCCAGACGGGUAUGCCCGGAGAAGAAUUUCCUGAUAUGAAAGAAAAAUCCCCAGAGAGGAAGAGACCAGCUGAAGCCGAGCCUUUGAAGGAGAAGGUCCAUGAGCCAGAGCCAGUGGAGUUCUCUGAGGAGGAGAAGGAGAUUAAGGAGCGAAAAGCCCAAGCGCAGAAGGAGAAGGAGGCCGGUAAUGUGGCAUACAAGAAGAAGGAUUUCGAAUCAGCAAUUCAGCACUACAGUAAAGCCAUCGAGCUUGAUGAUGAGGACAUUUCUUUCCUUACUAACAGAGCUGCUGUCUAUUUGGAGAUGGGAAAGUGCAAAGACUGCAUCAAUGAUUGUGACAAAGCUAUUGAACGGGGAAGAGAGCUCAGGUCUGACUACAAGAUGGUUGCAAGGGCUUUGACACGGAAGGGUAAUGCACUGACAAAGAUGGCAAAGUGUUCAAAGGAUUACGACCUAGCUAUUGAGAUGUAUCACAAAGCUCUCACUGAACAUCGUAAUCCAGAGACAUUGAAGAAGCUUAAUGAUGCUGAGAAGGCAAAAAAAGAAUUAGAGCAACAAGAGUAUUUUGAUCCACAAUUAGCAGAUGAGGAGCGUGAGAAAGGCAACCAGUUGUUCAAAGAGCAGAAGUACCCUGAUGCUAUCAAGCACUACAACGAGUCCAUAAAAAGGAAUCCAAACAAUCCUCUGGCUUACAGCAACAGAGCAGCAAGCUACACUAAACUUGGGGCCUUACCUGAGGGGCUUAAAGAUGCUGAAAAGUGCAUUGAACUUGAUCCCACAUUUGCAAAAGGGUACACUAGAAAAGGUGCUGUUCAGUUCUUCAUGAAGGAAUAUGAAAAAGCUUUGGAAACUUAUCAGGAGGGUUUGAAGCACGACCCUAAAAAUCCGGAAUUGCUUGAUGGCAUUAGGAGAUGUGUAGAACAAAUAAAUAAGGCGUCUCGUGGGGAUCUAACACCGGAAGAGUUGAAGGAAAGACAGGCUAAGGGGAUGCAGGAUCCAGAAAUCCAGAACAUCCUUUCAGACCCUGUGAUGAGACAGGUACUCGUCGACUUCCAAGAAAAUCCGGUAGCAGCACAGGAACACCUGAAGAACCCUGUUGUGAAGAACAAGAUCCAGAAACUGGUCAGUGCAGGAAUCGUUCAAGUCCGAUAAACAAUUCAGAUCCUUCGAGGCAAGUUUUCAAACUGUAUUUUGCUCCUACGACGUGAUGCGAUGUGUCUUUAAUGUAUUAUUUGAUUUAUUUCUCCUCUAUUCAGUAUUCUGAACUGGUAAGUACUGUUUUCACAUUGGAUUGAAUGACGUAUAUACGUUUUUUUCUUCAUCAUUGUUUUUCCGGAAAAGAAAAUUUCUUUCUCUAU